AUGGCACCAACUCCCUUGUCUUCACCAACGACGUCGAGGCUCGUAUACACGCUCUUUUCGCUUGCGUCGCAUUCCUUGCACCUUUUGCGUUUCACUCCUCCGAGUAGCCCUAAUAAUUUCCCAAAACGCUCUGAUUCCGACGGCUUCAACCCGCAUCAGCCCAAAUAUGUCGUCUUUGCUGUGCUCAUUCCAGUUCUCGUCCUUCUAUCAGGUCUCUUUGCCGGAUUGACCCUGGGGUACAUGAGUCUUGACCAGACACAGUUAAACGUGCUUAGUAUCAGUGGCACUCCGGAACAACGCGAAUACGCUAACCAGAUAAAGCCCAUUCGCAAGAAUGGCCAUUUACUGCUCGUCACGCUGCUUCUGGCAAACAUGAUUGUCAAUGAAUCUUUGCCAGUCAUUGCCGAUCCCGUGCUGGGGGGUGGGGUACAGAGCGUCGCUGUCAGUACAGUGCUCAUAGUCAUCUUCUCCGAAAUCAUUCCCCAGUCCCUUUUCACUCGUUAUGGUCUCUAUCUCGGCGCCAAAGGCGCCGGAUUGACCAAGUGUCUGAUUUAUGUCAUGGGCAUCGUUGCCUGGCCUGUAGCCAAGCUCCUUGACUGGAUCCUUGGUUCCAAUCACGGUAUUAUCUACCGUAGAGUCGAAUUGAAAGAACUUAUUGCCAUGCACGCCUCCCAGUCCCAUCACGGUGGAGACCUUAAAUCUGAUACUGUGACAAUUAUCGGGGCCACUCUCGACCUACAGGAAAAAGAUGUGAAACAGGCUAUGACACCCAUAUCUGACGUUUUUAUGCUCUCUAUCGAUGCCCAGUUAGACUACGACCUUCUGACAAAAAUCGUAGAAACUGGGCACAGCCGUGUGCCCGUGUAUGAACAAGUAGACCUUCCUCCAGCUGCCUCUCCUGAGGGCAAGUCACAGAGAGUCAAGAAGAUCAUCGGUAUCCUCCUUGUAAAGCAAUGCGUUUUGCUUGACCCGAAAGAGUGCAUACCUUUACGGACGCUUCAGCUGAACCGCGUCAUGUUCGUACCCAAUAACGAAUCUUUGUUAGGCAUUCUAGACAAGUUUCAAGAAGGCCGAUCGCAUAUUGCCAUUGUGAGCCGAUUCAGUGUGGAAAAAGCUCAGAGUGUGAAGAAAGCCGUCACAGGAAAGAGAGGCUUAACACGACGGUUUUUGGAGAGAGUUGGGAUGGGAGACAGCAGCGAAGAGAGUGGCGAGGAAGUCGAUAAUCACGGUGGAGCCGGUGAAACAUCGAAAGGAAAUACCUUAAAGGGGGAUGGAGUGUGGGAGAAGGACUUUGCAGCAGGAGAAGCAGGGAAGAAGGAACGAGGAGGCAGAAAGAAGCGCAAGAACGUAGAUGAGGACGUUGAGUUGGGAAAUCUAGAGGGCAGAAAGGGAUUGACUAGUAUGCUCGCGUUAGAGCAGACUAUGCCAGCUGAUGCUGUUCUUGCCAAAGAACGAGCGGAAGAGUUCCUCAAAGGCUUCGACCCUGCUAUUAUGCCCCUAGGAAUUAUUACGCUUGAAGACGUACUUGAAGAACUCAUUGGAGAAGAGAUCUAUGACGAGUUUGAUCCUGAAGGUGCACAUGGAGAGCCAUACAUACAUCAAAGCCCAUCUCCUGCAGAACCAGCGGCUCCAAUUCCUCUCGCACAGCCAAUUCCGGUCGCAGCGAACAAAUCAUUAGCAUCAGUGAAAGGCCUCUCCUUCCUGAGAUCCAGGAGUGCGCCGCCGCGUGAUCAUAAUCCUAAUUCUAAACCGGUCACAGAAGAAGCGGCUUUGGAGAAAGAGAAAGAUACUCUUGCUGCACCGGUGUUGGUAGUUACGGCGCCUUCACAUAUGGAUCAGGAGAAACAGUCGGCCGCCGCACUGGAAGCUAUAUUAUUGGAUAGGAAACGUAGGAUAGCGCGUGAGGGGAGUAAUUUGUCGGCUAGGUUCAGCAAGGGCAAAUUCAAGAGCUCCCCGAUCAACAAUUCAAAUUCGGGGCCGAGUGGUGGUAAUGCAGCGGGAGGAGGAAACAUUGUACUAAACAACAGUGAGACGAAUGUGGAGUUGUCAGAUUGUAGUGGGGAUACCGACGUGGAUGAUGAAUAA